AUGGCUCCAGCAUUAGAACCGCAGUUCAUCUUGUAUACUUACUUCCGCUCAACAAGUACUGCUCGCGUUCGAACGGCGGCAAGAUUGCGAAAAUCAUACGAGAGCAUUAAUCCGAAUCUCACUGUCCCUACGCUUGUCAUCCAGAACGCUGAGACCGAAGUCCAUAUACGGCAAUCCAUUGCAAUCCUGGAAUAUUUUGAAGAAAGCAAAGCAGGAAAUACGAACAUUCAGCUUAUGCCUCCUGCGGAGGAUAUUGCAGGGCGAGCUCAUGUACGAGAGCUAGUACAGCUCAUUGCUUGCGAUAUUCAGCCGCCUACCAAUCAACGUAUUCUCAAGAGGGUACGCACCAUUGGGGGAUCUGCUGAGGAUUGGGCUUACGAUAUUAUGAAUGCCGGGUUGAAAGCUUUUGAAAGCAUGGCCGCUCCUCUGGCUGGCACGUACUCAUACGGCAAUUUCUUGACUUUGGCCGAUGUUUUGCUGGCUCCAGCUAUUGUGAAUGCUGUUCGAUAUGGCGUAGAUAUUGAGCAGUAUCCUACUAUUAAACGGGUUUACAACAAAGUAAUGGAACUAGAUGCCUUCAAGUUGGCUGACUGGCGGCAUCAGGAGGAUACACCAGUGGAAUUCCAACAGAACAGUUCUUGA